AAUGUGGUUGUUUAUCAUUGUUUAUAUUAGGCCUAUAAUUAUAAUUACUAGACUAGAGUCUAGUUUUAGACUCUAGAGUCUAGAUCUAGAUCUAUAUUUUGUUCUGAUUUAUCAAAGAAGUCCUACAAAUACUUGAUCUAGAUCUAACAGUGACAACCGUUCAGCUAGCCGAUGAUCGGUAAAAGAAAUAAGUGUGCUAAAUUUCAGCUUAAUCCGAGAUUGGGUGUGUGUACACAUUUUUUACCAGACAGACAGAUAGAGUGAGUUGAUAUAAGAUUGUGACAACAGAUCAAAUGGAUGAAAAAACAAAUGAAAUGACCACAAACAUUACACAAAGGCAAUCUGGCAAAGAAAAUAAACUCAAACAAUGUCAAGCUGCUAUACAGAAGGUCUGGACAUUCUUGGAGCAAUAUGUUCCUUUUUGCAACACACAUGGGGCAGAGUUUCUAUCACAUGAUCACUGGGAGAAAUACCUGCCUCCUGAAGCACAAAAAGAAUUACUUUGCAUGAGUGAUGAAGAUUUAGUGAAGCUACCUCUGUGUUUUAAUGAAACUGAAACUGCCACAGACUCUCAGUGGUUAUAUUCCUACAUUAAGCAAGCUUACAUGUGCCAUCUUGAAAAUCUGAAUGUCCUGUCAACAUUAUCUGAGGCUGUCAGCGAGAACAGUGGUUUUGAAAAGUCAAGAACUGAAGCCAUGUCCAUUAAAAAAGGACACGAAGUCAGCAUUAUGUCUCAGGCUGUUUCUGCCGUGUUUAAUUCUACUGCUGCUGAUAUGGUUGUGGACGUUGGCAGUGGCAAAGGUUACCUUGGGGCUGAGUUAUCUAGGACAUUCAACAUUCCAGUGCUUGGCCUUGACUCCCAGGAGACCAACACUCAUGGAGCCAAGAGAAGAGAACUGAUACUCAACAAGAGGUUUAAGAAGAAAAAACAACAGAUUGAAACAAACAAUACAAAGACUGAGGUCAGUGUAGCCAGUAAGCAAAGUUGUCUUGACACUUGUAUUACAGAUCAAAACUUAGAGCAGAGAUUACAGUCUGUUAACAAUCUUGAUGAUGUCCCUGUGAAAUAUGUUCCUAUGACUGUAUUUGUUCAACCUGACAUGGGACUUAGAAAUAUCAUUCAACAUAUAGGACCUCAGUUGUGUAGCACUUGCGACAACAUUGAUAGAUUACACUUUGUCUUAACAGGUCUUCACACAUGUGGCAGUCUAGCUGUGACCUUAAUGAAUCUGUUCCUUCAAGACCCUGGUGCUGUUGCUCUGGUGUCGGUUGGUUGCUGCUACCAGCAAAUGGAGGAAGCUCAUUACACUGAUGGUGACCCCACUGACAGCAAACAUUUCCCUUUAAGUAUACUUGGUAAAAAAAUGAAAAUGUAUCUUGGUCGCAAUGCAAGAAAUCUGGCAUCACAGUCAUUACAUAGAAUACAAGCAUCAAAACAGCUCCAAGGUAAAGAUUUCUACUGGCGAGCAUUGCUGGAUGUGAUCAUCAGAAACCUUGGGCUGUCAGUGCCAGAGAAGAUCAAAGGUAUCAGAGGACUGAAUAAAAAAUCUCCCACUUUCAAAGACUAUGCAAUGAGAGCUUUAUCAAUUCUGGGAAUUUCUCCAGAGCUGGUUCCUGAUGACAAUCUUCAUCUGACAGAAACACUGCAUCAAGAUAAUGAGAAGAAAUUGGCAGCACUGUUUCAGGUGAAACUUGUUCUGGCACCUGUCAUAGAGACUUUGAUUCUCUUAGACAGACUUAUGUUUCUGUUGGAACAGGACACUGUGGAGUCCACUCAUUUGGUCAGACUAUUUGAUCCACUCACUUCUCCCAGAUGUUAUUGUCUUCUAUCAGUGAAAACUUCAGGGACGUGACCCAUUGAUGUUAAUAGUUUUAGUUAUUAGAAAUUAUAGAAAUUCCUAAGGUGUUAGACCAGGUUUGUCAUUACACUUCAACAAGGGAAAGAACUGAAUAAAAUAUAUAUCUUACAAAAGUUGCUUCUCAUGCUAGUGAAGUCAACUAGAAAGAAAAAAAAAAGUUAAGUUCCCCUUUCAGACCUUGUCUAUAGGGCAGAUGAUGUAAAGGCCAUCUGUUUCUGUCAACGAAUGUGGUAUUUAGUAUUUUAUUUUUGAGAUUUUUCAAAGCAUUUAUAGUUUAAGAUUUUGAAAAGAUCACUAGAGCAGGUGAUAGUGACACCACUGUUAUGAGGUUAACAAAGAAGUUGUCUUUAGUGGUCUGAUUUAGUUGGACAUGUUUGGUCAUUUUGAGAAGUCAACUGGGGCUAACCCAACCACCCAGUCCAAAACAUGAUGUAGCCUACCAUAAACCAAGCAGACAAACAGUAUUUUAAAAAUCUAUAUAUAGCAGCUUGUGUUUUCAGUUCUAGCUUAAGGUAGUUUGCAGACAAAAUAUUUAAAAUUCAAUCAUAUACCAGUAUUGCAUUUUCAUCUGUAUGUUAAAUUUUGUUGUGACAAUAUAAGUAAAAUUUAUAAUAAAAUUGACAAAGAAUCAAUUUAGUUUUUUUAUUUCUGUGGUAUCGAAUAUAUAAAACUAAUUGUAAGGAGUAUGAAUGUAUGUUCCAAAUAAAAAUCAAAACCGUU